AUGUCUGGAACCGAACUCACCAUUCCUUUCGAUUUGGACUACCAAGCUUGCCGAUAUCCAUUGGAUUGUGCCUGUGCUCGCUCGCGUUGUCCCGUACUCAAGUGGCGUCGAAAGUUAUUGCGCAAUAAGGUUGUUCCUAACCUGGAUUACAGCAAGUACAUAGAAUCCCAACUUCGAGUACUCUCCAAACCUUUAUCCCAAGAGAGUCCUAAUAGCCGUAGCGGAUCAUAUGAGGCUUGUCUUUCUGGAUCACCCCUGAUGAAGAGCUCCCUAGGUACUUCAUCAAUUCCUGGCUCACCUUCGUCUUUCCCUACGUCUUUUUCCGUGAAUCGAACUAAUCCAACCUUGGGUUCGCGAUCUCCUCUUUCCGGAGCCCCGUUGGUGACUUCCGGUACUCGCUCUCUCCGUCCAGGCACUUCAAAUGAAGAAGACAACGCCAAUCGAACCACAAGUCGCUCUUCAAAUGCACAGUCCAUCCCUGCCGCAUCACAGCCUAAUAGUUCCAUGAAAUCGGUUGAUGGAUCGGAUCCUCACGCUACAGAAUCGACUACAGUAACCGAUGAAAACGAACGCCCUGAAGAAACGGCUCUCUCGCGGUCAUCCCUGGAUGAAGACCAGUCGUCCCACACCGAUGGUAAAGCUCCAUCGGAGUCUUCGUAUCAUAACACCGGGUCAGAGGCAGUCAACACAACUAAAUCGACGUUCGAAUCCAUCAUUACCACCCGACGACAAGCAGCGGCUAUGCGGAAUGCACUCCACUGA